ACACGGUCACCGUGCUGAACUCUCCAAGUAGGUUAGCAGCUUACCCACCCUAUUUACUGAUGCUGUUUUAAACUGUGAACGGAUUUCUUCCCGGGGGUCGGUAUUUGUUCACGAGAAAGAGAGAGAGAGAAAAAAAACCUAUUAGCUAAAGUGACAAACUACACCUCAAGAUAACACUGGAUAAAACUUAAGAGCCGGCUAGGGUGUGAAGGGUUGCCUUGUAUUUACCUCCCCUGACUGCCAGCCGGCGGGAGAGAAGGUAUACAGGUUAACAGGUGUUCGCCACACACCUUACAGGUGCCAGUCCUUGGGGGUAGAGAGGAUUACUACACACGGCCAUGGGGUUAGAUCGGAACCAGUAACCCAUCAUGUUUAUCGUAGUCAAGUAUGGCAACAACGAGUCACUUCUGUGCAACCCAACUUGUGCAGUGGUGAACUUACUCAAGAGUAUCAAGCGUCGGGCUGGGUACGCUAACAGUAACAUUCUUCUGGACCUAUCGGACGAAACAGGUCUGGUAAAGGAACUAGACACUCAUAAAUUCGAUUAUGCCACAAAGCAUUUGGUAUCGCACGGUACGUAUAUCCUGGUGAUGAAGGAGCCUGUGGCAGUGGACAGCACAGACGCACGGGCUCCCUCCCCACCCGAACAGCGUUUCACGUACACGCCUCUUCUGGAGAAAUUCGCGGAACUCUUCCCACAGUACACAGUCCACGUUCAAGAGGUGGACAAGAAAAAGACGCGGAAAUCGGCGAACAAAUCGCCCAGUCCGGCUGGUCGAAUGGGCCUGAAAUCGAGGAAAGGAGUGGUGAAAACAAGUACAACGGCAAGGCGUCGAUGAAAAAGUGAUGUAUAGAGAGACAUGUAUAUAUAUCGAACAAUAUGAAGCGACCAGGAAGAGUCAAGAUGGCCGUGUCCCAGACAGUACCAUUCGGAAUUCCGUGGAAGUAGUGGGAUGUAAAACACCGCUCCAAUCAAAAGUUAGAAAGGACUGUGCUAUCAAGAUGAGUAGAACCUUCAACUUCGAGCAAGCGGUUAAAAAUAAAAGCACGACCAAAUUCGUGUGCAGAUGUGUGUAUGGCGGGGUGCAUGCAUGCGCUCGGAGAUCUACCCCCAUAUGUGGAAUUAUAAAUGGUUAUACCUCUACAUGCGGUUCUUGCACGACACAAACAUAAAAUAAAAAUCCUUUUCGAUAUAGGGUAUAGCUGUAUGCUAAAAUAUUAUGCUGUUUAUACAUGUAAAACGAGUACCUCUUUCCCGUUCGAGGAAUAAUAUAGCUUUAUGUGUACAGUCCAGUCAUGUAUACCCCGUUCCGUAUACCACUGUCUUAUCAGCUUAUCUCGCACAGGGUGCGGUAAAAAAUCGUACAGGGUACAGCUGAGUAAAUACUAGUAUUACCGUUAUCUUGAUCAAAUUUAGACAAGGUGUGUUCUUGUAUUUUUUUUUCGAAAAAAGACUGUGAAAAUGUCUUGAUAUAUAAACGAAAUGGUGGUUUCCGAAGAGGACCUACAACAAACCGAAAAAUAUUACAUGUAUUUAGUCAAACGACUGAAACACAUGAAUCCUUGUCAAAAUAAGUAUUGAGAAUUUUCAUCGAAGUCUAUAUAGUCCGUGUUCGUUUUACUUGCAAUUGUUUUUAGGUGUCUUAACAAGCUUUAACAGUUUUUCAUUAAUUUUAUGUUUACGUUUGCAUUAAUUUUUCGUAAGAGUCUAUACCUAUUAAAUACUUCCUUGAAUAUUAAGUAUUUUACUGUUUUUAUUUGAAACAUUUUAUGUUUGAUCUUUUAGAAUAAACCCCUUUAUAAUAUUCCACAAUCUCUCAUUGUGACAAUGAUAUAUUGUAGAUGUACCAUAUACAUAAUUAUACGGCAAUGAAAUGUUGCUGUUUUCUGUUUGAAAUGUACAUGUUUUAAUUUUAGUUUUAAUACGCUUCUACUUAUAUAUUUUUUCGUGUAGGUUUCUCAGUAUAUAUAUCGAAACUGAACUACAUCCACAUGUAUAAUUAAGACGGUAAAAAGUUGUCUCGCCGUCUGUAUGUGUGUAGAAUAUAGAGCUAACUUUGAAUUUUAUAUAAAAAAUGCUCUAAGUGGCGGCCAGUAUUAGGUUUCGCCUGUAUCAGAAUUAACAGAAGACUGAAUGUUUGUUUCUACCGCGCCUCAAGUUGUCCGCCAAGGCUGAAGAAUGCUACACUUACUUUGAUGUAGAUGAGUGACGGUCAUGUACAUUUUGGAACUUGUAUAUAUGUAAAUAGAUAAACCUAUACUAUAUGGAGCUGUAGUUUGGAAAGGCCUGUGGGCGAAUGUGUUCAUUUGGCCUUUAUAACAAAAUCUCGACUUCCUCGUUGAAUAUUUUAA